UUUAACCUUUUUACUCUUUACUUUGAUCACUGGAAAUUCUUUUGCUACGAAAGUAUCCAAUUGAAUUGAUAAAAUACUUGUUUUUUAGGGAUAAUUGAAAUUUGAGAUCUCUAGCAAAAGUUUUCACUGUUUGCUAUCUAUUUAUGGUUCAUCUCAAAUGGCAUCUAUUUGUAUUGUUUAAUCAACUUUAGGAAUAACUGGAAUCAAAUGUGAUAAAAGAGGAACUCUGCUCCUAGAAUCUGAUUCCAAACAAUUUAAUAUAGCUGCCUAUGGCCAAAUUUCCAUGUAUCUUUAGAACUUCUGGAAGGAUUCCCAAGGGAUAUGGGUUUAAAGAGAUUGCUCUUUACUUCAACCCUGUUCCUUAGCCGUUGGAUUGGAAUGUUUCUUGACCCGAAACUAUAUUCCAAAUGGGUGAUCCAGAGGGACAGUUCACAUCUUGUGAAAACAAAUGCAAAUAGGAGAUAAGAUGAAGUGAGAAAUGCUCAAUAAGAAAAAGGGUUGUUCCUUCUGAAAUUUGUUUUUAUGAAUGGAGUCCAUAGCUACAUCCAGGUCAAGCAGGUCUUCUUCAUUUGAGAAAUGGGUGGCGAUUGUCUUGACCAUUCUAGCCGUGGUUUCACCUCUUUAUGUCAACCAGAAGCCGGUUAUUGAACCAGAGCUUGAAGAGCAACCCAUGGACUUGACUUCAUGGUUGCGUCUGCUGCUUGUGCUACUGAUCUUGGCUUUUGCUUUCUCACUGUACUUGAACCAAAGCUAUACGAGGUUUGAUCGUCAUUGGAUUAGGCCAGGCAGGUCUUCUUCUUAUGAGAGACUGGUGGCAAUAGGCUUGAUCGUCUUAGGUGUUCUUUCACCUCUUUAUAUCAACAGGGGAACGGUGAGUGAGCUAGAACCUGAUGAGCAGCCCAUCAACUUUGCUUCUUGGUUGCCUCUACUGCUAUUGAUAUUAAUCUUGGCCAUUGCUUUGUCGCUUUAUUGUGACAAAAGCUUUACUAGAUUUGAUCCUAACUGGAUUCAUAGAGUUGGUGGUUCUUCUGCAGGAAUCUUACUGAUUCUUCUGGUUCUGGCAUUUGUUUUGAAGUGUAAGGCUUCUGGACUGAGCUGAGAAGCUUGGUUGAAGUUGAACUUCUACCAACAGAAAGUGCUUUAUUAAAGAACACAAGCAAUGAAACUUAUGUUUCUGUCUUUGUUAAAGAACACAAGCAAUGGACGUCCUCGAGAUGAAGAUCCUCCGUUUCCUAGUUUCAGAUUUCACACUAUGUCCUUGUAAAAAGCAAGAAUAUACAGUUAACUGUUAAACUGGUGUUUUUCCUGUUCUGUACGAUUGCCAUAAUCCUUGUUAGAUUUAAACUCUUCUUAUUGGGUUUGUUAAGAGAAAAACAGAGCAUUGCACCACAAAGACAAGAGCUCUAUAGUUGAUUAUAUUGAAUGUUUGCAUGACCACAUGAAAAAAUUGGCAGAAACCAUAAUUAUGCCGCGCUGAAUCGAUACAAUAAGCCUUUUGCAAACUAAGAAUGUAUGGUUGGUCCAUUUUCAAUUCUCUAAUACCACAGUAGAAAACUCAACAUUCAAUUUCAACUGAAUUGUUUAGGCAUAUUUCUUUUCUAAAUUGGAAAAGUACACCUGCCACUUACCACAAUCUAGUCUCAAGGUGUGAAUGUUGUUCAACAAUGUCACCUAGUCAGUCACAUAUGUGUAAGAUGCAGACCAUAGAUAAUUUCAUGGAGCAAAUAGGCCUAUCAUCUCACCCUAAAAUUGUGAAUAUAAAGAAUUUUCA